AUGUUUCACAAAACUGAUAGUUGCUCAUUUCAAUCUCGACAGAGACUUUUUUCCAAUGACGACUUUCAGGAUGAAUUGAACAAUUUGUUUAAUAAAAAGUUUCAAUUUCGGUUCAGUAACAGUUGGAAAUUGCCGGAGAAAGAGUCUUGGUUCUCUGCACCUCCAUGGAAAGUGAAACAAUUAGAAAUAUUGAAAAAUCGAUUGAACUUUCAUAAGAGUCAAUUGAACGAUUUUAAUAUUGAAGAAUGGAGUAGUCACACACGUCGCAGGAACCCUGCCGGGGAGGUGGGAUGGAAGGUCAGGUGUCUUGUAAACCCUGAGUUCUUGACUCAAGCUUGGACGAAGUUUUACGAAUGUGCAUUUACAUACAAUAUCAUACCGGCAGAGGCGACGAUGGAACGAAAGAUGGUUUCUCUACAUCUGUGUGAGGCACCGGGUGCAUUUAUCACUUCAUUAAACCAUUACUUGAAAUCAAAUCACCAGGCUAUCAAUUGGCAAUGGGUGGCAAACACAUUGAACCCUUACUAUGAGGGUAAUUCACCCUCUAAUAUGAUCAGCGAUGACCGAUUCAUGUUCCACACACUUGACAACUGGGACUUUGGAGUAGACAACACUGGCAAUCUCAUGGACUGGAACAAUUCACAAGCUAUCAUUCAAAAAGCUAAGAGUUUGGGAAAGGUUUUGCUUGUAACGGCAGACGGGUCAAUUGACUGCAUGUUGAAGCCAGAUGCUCAGGAGGAGGUGACUUCACCUCUUCAUUAUUGUGAAAUUGUCACAGCUCUGCAGGCACUCAGCGCAGAUGGUACACUGAUAUUCAAACUCUUCACGAUAUUUGAGCAUUCAACAGUCUGCCUACUAUAUCUGAUAAACCAUUUGUUCCACGAAGUGAACAUUUACAAACCGGUCACUUCGCGACAGGGCAACUCGGAGGUCUAUGCUAUUUGCCUCAGGUACAAAGGUUCUUCAAACUUGGAGAAAUACUUUCCAACGAUGCAGUCUGUGUAUGGUUCCGAACUUUAUGGAAAUGCUGCAAUGUUUAAUCUUGAAGCCAUACCUGAAUCAUUUCUCAAACAGGUCGAGGAAUGUGCUCUAUAUUUUUGCUCAAUACAGUGCCAAGUUAUAAAUAAUAAUCUCCAGGCAUAUCUAAUGCAAAAGAACAUUGCACUACACAGGGACAUUAAGAAAAUACGUGGAAUAGUAGCUACAGAAUUCAUUUGGCAGUAUGAUCUGAAACCUCUCGAAUAUGAACAAGAGAUCUUGAAAGGAAUCCUUCACGAAGAGAAUAAAGUUAACAUGAAUCCGCGAUACUAUCGAGGUUCGUACACUGAAAGACAGUUGUACACCAAAAUGUCUUUGAGGGAAAAGUUAAACAAUCUGAAUUCAUAUCUGCAGGCCGAAGUACUGUCCAAUCCACUGAUACUUAUAAACGAAGCUGUUAAAUGGUUGCAGUUACAUGACGAAAAGACAGAGCUUAAACUAAAAUUCACAUAUGGCUGCCCUUUGCAGAAGAUAAACAGCUCAAAAUUUAUAUUUGUGCCUAUUUUUAAGUUGUACCAACAGAUUUUGACUGAAGAAGAGUUUAAAGAUAUUAUAUUUAGCAAAGAUGCUAAACCAAACACUAAUAACAGUAGGGAGUUUGGACUCGAGUUAAAUAAAAGACUGUCGCUUCCUGAAUAUGAGCAUUUAGAGAGCUAUCAUAUUUUUGAAAAAAGGUGUUUCAAACUACUGUUGAAUACUUUACAGCAGCUGGUGAUCGGGGAGAGUCUCUUGAUACAGAACAUAAACAUUUUGACGCAUUUCAAUGUGAGUGUCGUAUACAUUGUUGCUAAACAAUGUUUCGAAGGAAUAGGGUUCACAUCUCAAAGUAGCAUUAUACUGAGGAACCUUAAGAACAAAACUGCAUUAAAGUAUCUCGAGAUGAUAGAGAAGGAGUGUGAUGAUGUAAGGGUUGAAGGAACUAAAGAUGUGCUGAAUUGUCUGACGGUACAGACCACGAAUACUGGAGAAUUUUAUAACAGCCUCGUGUUCUAUAACAACACGCUGUACAGGAACAAAUGUAUGGAGUACAUCUCAAAGAUUGAAAAGUUUAUCUAA